AUGCUGAUUAUUAAGCUUCUGGUGCGCAACAACGAGGGAGAGACGCCUUUGUUCUUGGCUGCUGUUCAUGGUCACCCGGCGGCCUUCCUCCUUCUCUAUGACUAUGCAGGACCUGAGCAUGCCACAGCUCCUUACGUGAAGCCCAAUGGGGAAUCUGUACUUCACGUAACCAUUCAGCGAAAGUACUUCGAGAAGAUAUUGAGACAUGUGUUUGGAUUAGCGUUGGCAAAGAAGAAAAAGACACAUGUAUUUGGUUCGCUGAUCAUGAAACAGCUGGUAGACAAUGACGCUUUUUAUGAUAAUUUGAUGGAGAUGGAGGUGUUGGGGAUAGACGACGAUCAGCCGGCGAACUUACCAAUGCUGCGUCCUUCAUAUAAUAAAGCAUCAUUAUUAGGAUGGGCACCAUUGUUGAGAGCAACAAAAAAUGGUGCGAUCGAAAUGGUGUGGGCAAUCUUGGAUAAAAAGCCAUUUGCAGUUGAGGAUGAAAGUGAUGAGAAGAAGAAUGUGAUGUUGGUGGCGGUAGAAGAGAGACAGUCCACCCUAUUGAAGCAAUUCAUGAAGAAGCCAUCCAUCUGGAAUCGGAAGCUCCAUCAUGCAUCCGACGUCCAUGGCAAUACUGCCUUGCACUUGGUCGCCAUGCUUUGUCGUCAUAGCCUUAUACCUAUGUCUGCCAGUCACUUGCAAUGGGAAAUCCGCUGGUUUGAUUAUGUGAAGGAUAUGAUGCCGCCGGAGUUCAGUAAACGGAAAAAUAAGGAAGGCAAAACGCCACGGAUGGUCUUCAUGGAGGAACACCAUGAUCUGCUACAAAAAAGUAGCAAAUGGGCGAAGGAAAUAUCCGGAAAUUACAUAGUGGCGGCGACGCUUAUUUCCGGCGUGACCUUUGCAACGUGCUACCAGAUCCCGGGAGGCUACGACGGAGGCAACGGCAGGCCGAUUGUAGGCAAACUAUGA